GCUUAUAGCCACGUUCCUCAAAUCGGUUGAUGAUCUUACCAAUCAAACCACGCUGAACACCUGCAUGUCAUCACAUUAAUGUCAAGUUAACUGAAAAGUUGAGGUGGCAUAAGGACAUACCAUCGGGCUUGAUCAUGAUGAAAGUACGCUCGGAGUCAGUACCCUUGACACCGGCAACGCCCUUGGAGUCAGCAAGGAUAGGGCUCUGGGUGGCUAAAUGCGAGUGAAGUCGUCAGCAAUUUAACCGCGGAAAUUUCAUGCUGAUCAAUAUACUGUACUUUGGUAGUAAGCAACACCAGCAGUGGCAGCAACAGCAGCACCAGCAAAGAGAGACUUGCGAGCACCAGCAGCAGGAGCACCAGCGCCAGUGGAGAAGGCGCGAGCUAAGAAAAGUGGCAAGAUACAGGUGGUCCCUUGUCAAUGUACAGAAGCGGUGCGAGCAGCUAUGCAUCAAUAUGUUAGUAACAUUUUCUCCAAUGGUGACGACUUGACCAUUUCCUUACCAAGGCGAGUAGUCAAACGAGCAGAGAACAUGGCUCAUUUCGAGGUGCCUGUGUUCCCUCGGCGAACGAGACUGUCCUGUUUGCUGGUGCAUCUUCUAAAGAGUUUCCUCAUCUAUGACUGACGGUUUAUCUCGAGAUGAACUUUUGAACGCUGGAAGACAAAAGCUCAGGAAUUUCCAACGGAGACAAAGUCUGAAACAGCAACGGCGAUAUUCUGUAGAUCAGGGCAUCGGUCAUGGUGCCCCACAGCCUACCGAGAGUACAUCUCUCAAGUUAU